UGACCGUUUCUUGUAAAUGGCCGUGGCUUGCAUGAACCACGGAAAUCCAUCGGUUGCGGGCUGUUGUCUCUCAGACUCAUUCAUGAGAAAAAAUGACUUGAGGAAAACUUAAACAUCGAUUCAUUCAUCACAUAUUAUUUGUCCAUCACUGGUAUUCUCUAUGUUAAUUAUUGAGGAUGGGGUUGACUAAACAAUACCUACGCUUUAUACAGAGUGCUGUAUUUGGAGUCGUUGGAACAACCAAAGCCAAUGUAGUGUUCACCAAAGAUCAUCAGUUUGUUGCAGUAUCUGCUGUAGAACAUGUUAUCAUCUGGAGCUUAAAGAAAGCAGAGAAGGUACUAUUACUUGAAGGCAGUAAACAUGAGGUCACUUGUCUUGCUCAGACUGAUGCUCGUCCAAUCAUUGCUGUUGGUUAUUCAGAUGGAUCUAUUAAGCUCUUUGAUAGUAAUAAUGGAGAUGUGAUUGUUACAUUUAAUGGUCAUAAGACAGCUGUAUCUACAAUGCAUUUUGAUGAACAUGCUCUUCGUCUUGCUUCUGGCUCAAAGGACACUGAUGUAAUAAUAUGGGAUGUCGUUAAUGAGAGUGGUCUGUAUAGAUUAAAAGGUCAUCGUGGUAUGGUGACCAGGGUUAACUUCAUGGCACAUCACAAUAUUGUCAUCUCAAGUUCCAAGGAUACAUUUGUAAAGUUCUGGGAUUUAGACACACAGCAUUGCUUCAAGACACUGGUUGGACAUAGAAGUGAGGUAUGGGACUUUGCUCUGCUACCUGAUGAUAAAGGACUAGUGACUGGAACAUCAGGGAGCGAUCUUCAAGUAUGGGAAAUCACCUUCCAAGAUGAGCUAGAAGGUGAUGAUGGAGAGAACAAAGGACCAUCUCCUGCUAAGAAACCAAGAAGGACAAUGAAUGAAGAUGAUGAGGAGGAGGAUGAUGAUGAAGAAGGUGAUGAUAAUAGUAUCUUAACCUGUACCAAAGCUGGAACCAUCCUAAGGAAGGGAAGUGAUAGAGUAGUAUCUUUACACAUUGAUUCUACAGGAAGAAUACUGGGAUGCCAUGGUCCAAGCCCCAAUCUUGAGCUUUUCAAAGUUUGUAAUGCUCAGGAGCAGAAGAAGAAACUACUCAAGAAGCAGAAGAGAGAAAGAAAACGAUCAAGAGGUGAAGAUGGUGAUGAAGUAGAUGUAUCUAACAUCAAGCUAACAGCGGAAGAUAAGAUUCAACCUCUUACAAAUAUCAAAGCUUCGGCAAAACUCAGAUCCUUCCAUUCUCACAUGGAUAGAAGUGGAGAAGUGAGACUGGUAACCCUUUUACAGAACAACACCCUAGAAGCAUACAAGGUAGAUCUUACAGCUGAUAAACCUGUUGGGAAUAAAGAAUAUGUUAUCAGUCUUGCUGGUCAUCGUCAUGAUGUCAGGACACUAUCAAUUAGCUCUGACAAUACAGCUUUGCUUUCUGCAGGAGGGAAUGCUGUCAAGAUAUGGAACAGAUCCACUCAGCAGUGUAUUCGAACCUUGAAGUGUGGUCAUGCAUUAUCAUCUAUCUUUGCUCCAGGAAACAGGCAUUGCAUUGUGGGUAAUAAGGCAGGUCAACUAGAAAUGUUUGAUAUUGCGUCUGGUUCAUUGAUGGAAUCUUUUGAGGCACACGAGGGAGCUGUUUGGUCUAUCUGUUUAUCACCAGAUAAGAGGGGCUUUGUGACAGGAAGUGCUGAUAAGACUUUGAAGUUUUGGGAAUUUGAACUUGUAAGCUCAGAGAAUGAUGAAGGCAGAACUGUACGUGAAUUGAGCAUCAUUCACACCAGGACAUUGAAGAUGUCUGAUGAUGUGUUAUGUGUGAAGUACUCCCCAGAUGGUAGACUAGUAGCAGCAUCACUCUUAGAUAGCACUGUUAAAGUAUUCUUUGCUGACACACUCAAGUUCUUUCUGUCUCUGUAUGGACACAAACUACCAGUACUCAACAUGGAUAUCUCUUCAGACAGUACAUUGCUGGUAACUGGGUCAGCAGAUCGGAAUGUGAAGCUAUGGGGUUUAGACUUUGGUGAUUGUCAUAAGUCUAUGUUUGCUCAUGAUGAUAGUGUAAUGUGUAUAGGAUUUCUACCUGAUACUCAUCUGUUCUUCACUGGAGGGAAAGAUGGAAAGAUUAAACAAUGGGAUGGAGAUCACUUUCAACAGAUAACUACAUUAGAGGGUCAUCAUGGGGAGGUUUGGUGUAUGGCUAUCAGUCCUGAUGGUAGCUUUAUGGUGAGUGCAUCACAUGACAAAUCUCUGAGGAUAUGGGAGAAGACUGAGGAGCCUUUGGUAUUAGAAGAAGAACAGGAAAUGGAAAGAGAGAGAAAAUAUGAAGAGAGUCUCAAUAAGGAAGAACAACCGAUCGCAGGUGAACCUACAGGGGGAGAGGUGUCCUUGCCUGAGAAGAGAACAGCAGAGACAUUGAAAGGAGCAGAGAGAUUGAUGGAAGCUCUUAAUCUUUACCAGGAAGAAACAGCUAAGAUGGAAGAUUAUAAAGACAGGUGUAAGGCUGCAGGAAAAGAGCUUCCACCACCAGACCAGCAUCCUAUUCUCAUGGCGUAUGGAAACCUUACACCUCUCAGAUAUGUAGGAGAUGUUAUAAAGAAGAUUAAAUCAAGUGAACUAGAAGAGAGCUUAUUAGUAUUACCUCUAGACUAUGUACUUCAGCUAUUACCUCUGUUAGAGACUCUCAUUCAAGAAUCAAGAGAAGUGGAGCUUGCUUGUAGAUGUCUUCUCUUCCUUCUCAGGAUCCAUCACGGUCAGAUAACAUCUAAUCAGAAAUUGCUUCCUAUGGUUGACAGACUGAGGAAGACAACAUUAACAAAGGCUAAUAAACUAAGGGACACCAUAGGAUUCAAUUUAGCCGGUCUUCAUUUCUUGAAGGAUAAGCUAGAAGCUGAGAAUGAAGUUCAACUCUUUGCUGAUGCUACUGCUAAUUACCAGACGAAGAAGAAGAAACAAAAGAAGAGAGCAGAAAGAGCAAUUAUUAAAUUAUGAUGACAUGAACUUUACCUCGUAGUUUUUAAAGUGGCAAAUAGGGAAACCCACUGGAACAGAUGCAUACCUCCAUGUUCAUGACAGCUACAUGUAUGAUCAGCAGGACGUCACUGCAAAUCUCAGUCUUUGUGCCGCUGUUUAGAACAAGAUACUUACAAUCUCGAUAUAUUCCUAUUCAUACAGUUUUUCAGAAUAUAAAUGCAAACUUAUUUACCUUGAAAAUAUUGUAUCAGUCAACUUAUCACAAUUUAUUUCUGAAAAUCCAGUCACAGCCAGUUGCUAAGUGUGGGCCUGACUUUUGACCCCUUCUUCUUUUUUUUGCACAUACAUUGAAUGCACUUUAUUUUCAUUUUCUUGAGGAAACAAAGCUUUUGCUCAUCUUCUUAGGGACACAGAAACCAUGUGUCUUUAAAAAAAAGCUCCUUGGUACAUGAUGAUAUAUAUAUGAUAAAUAUAUAUACCUUCAUGAUCAUAUUGUGGAUUAUUAAUUCUAGUUACAUUCCCAUUUUGCCUUGGUAUUACUGGUAUCAUCUAUGAUGAUGAUAGCAUCAAUUUAAAGUUCUUUCGUCCUAUAUUAUGAAUCAGAUAGGUAUUAAGCAUUAAAAGAAUGAUUGUAAAGAAGCUCUGAAACUUCAGAAUUUCUACCAUUUUCAUUGUAAUGGUAUUUUGACAAUGAUUAGCUGGGAUUUUAGAUGAAUAUUCAUUAGUUAUGUGACUUUCAUGCACACAUGUACAUGUUGUAUGAAUAUCACUUUUCGAAAAUGUUUUUAAGUUUGGAAAGCCAUUUCUUUAAGAAAAAAAAUCAUAGCUGAAAAAUAACAUAUUAAGUACAUCUGUACUUGAAACCAAAUAUUGUCCAUUUUGCUUCUGCAGCGAUAUCAUGUUCCGUGUUCAUGUUCCUUCAUCUUUUAGAUACAUGUUAACGACCCCCUGCCCCUUCUCUUCUGAACCACAAAUUUUUGACAAUUUCAAUACUAGAAUGAAAAGUUUUACAUAGUGUAAGUUAUUCCAGGAUUUAAGAGUCCAAACAUCACCCUCUGAUAUUUUAUACAGUACAUGUUUAAAUGUUUUUAUUUCAUUCUAAAGAGUGGGAUAAAAUCUUAAUCUGUGGAAAUGAUUAAACCAAUUGAAAAUAGUGGUAUUCCAGUGCUUCCAUGUUUUCACCUGAAUAAACAAGUAAGAAAUAUUA